AUGAUAUAAUAGAAAAAAUAUUUCGACAAUGUAGAAGAAUUUUUAAACUCUUCAAUUUAAUAUCAUUAGGUUCUCCAUAUUGCUCUGAGUUAAAAUUAAAUUGGUGCAAGUGUUGCAUCAAGUUUAGGUUUUGCUUUAGCAAAAUGUACUAAUCUCUCAAAUUUAACACUAGAUCUUAGUUCAAAUUAAAUUGGCGCUAUUGGUGCAUCAGAAAUAUGUUCUGCUUUAGCAAAUUGCACUAAUCUCUAAAAUUUGGCACUUGAUCUUCGUUGGAAUCAAAUUGGUGAUGAAGGCACAUAAAGCUUAGGUUCUGCUUUAGCAAAUUGUAUUAAUCUCUAAAAUUUAAUGCUUGGCCUUUAUUGGAAUUAAAUUGGUGAUAAAGGCGCAUAAAGCUUAGGUUUCGCUUUAGCUAAUUGCACUAAUCUCUAAAAUUUGACACUUUAUCUUAGCUAAAAUAAAAUUGGUGCAAUUGGAGCAUCUGAUUUAGGUUCUGAUUUAGGAAAGUGCGCUAAUCUCUCAAAUUUGAUACUUGAUCUAAGUAACAACAAAAUUGGUGAUAAAUGUUCUUCAAGCAUAUGUUCUGCUUUAGGAAAUUGCACUAAUUUGUCACAUUUGACACUUGUAAUUUAUUAAAAUUAAAUUAAUGAUGAAGGAGUAUCAGGCUUAGGAUAUAGUUUAGCAAAUUGCACUUACCUCUCAAAUUUGGUACUUGAUCUUUGUUAAAAUUAAAUUGGUGCGAUUGGUGCAUCAAAUUUAGGUUCUGCUUUAGCAAACUGUACUAAUCUCUCAAGUUUAGCAUUAGAUCUUAGUGGCAAUCAAAUUGGCAGUGAAGUUUCAUCAGGCUUAGGUUAUGGUUUAGCAAAUUGCACUAAUCUCUCAAAUUUAAAACUUGAGCUUAGUGGUAAUGAAAUUGGCAAUGAUGGAGCAUCUAGCUUAGGUAAUGCUUUUACAAAUUACACUAAUCUGUCAAAUUUGAUACUUGAUCUUAGGUGA